AUAAUAUGCACUUAUAUAUAUAGAUUGUGUAUGCAUUUCCCUUCACAAAAUCUUAUCUUUGUGGUUGCAAUUCCUCACCAAAUUCUUACCUUCUUUCCCCGUCGAUAUCUCUCUCAGACACAAUCCCAAACACUUGGCGGGUAAAACCAACUGCACAAGUCUUGAAUAGUCUUUCUUUUGCAGGAACGAAUUCUGUCGAUGCUUGUAGGAAACCCAUUCGUAGAAACGUAAAUUUCAUUGGGGGAAACGUUAAAUAGAUUGCCAGUAUGCAGCCUUCAACUGUGAACCAAGAAACCACGAACCCCUUUGGUUUCGUUUCUCAGUUGGGCAAUUUAGUGCACGAUUCCUCGCGGCUGAAUUUCGAUGGGCACUCCACGUGUUUGUCGAAUUACUUGUACUUUGAUGAGAGGAAGAAGCCCAGGGCUGUGGCUUCAUUGGCUCUGAGCUGUAAAGGUGCCGCCUUUAACAUUAGGAGAGCGUUGAAUCAGUUCAAUAGUGCAAUUAGGUUCCACUGCGAGAGACUCCCGCUUAAUUUCGCCUCGGUUCAGGUUGAUUCCGGGGAGAGUAAUGGGUGUGGAGAUGAUGGGAAUGGCGUAUUGGAGGAAACGGAGCGAAAUUCUGUGGAUGCUGUUGUGUCGGAUGCUCCAAAGAAUGUGCUGAUUCUGAUGAGCGAUACUGGUGGGGGUCAUAGAGCUUCUGCCGAGGCUAUUAAGGCAGCUUUUGCUGAAGAAUUUGGUGACGAAUAUCGGGUUUUUGUCACUGACUUGUGGUCAGAUCAUACUCCAUGGCCCUUUAAUCAGCUGCCAAAGAGUUAUAACUUCCUUGUAAAACAUGGGACUCUGUGGAAGAUGACUUAUUAUGCUACUGCACCGCGUCUUGUUCAUCGAACCAAUUUUGCUGCCACCUCAACAUUCAUAGCUCGAGAGGUUUCUAAAGGAUUGAUGAAAUACCGGCCAGAUAUUAUCAUCAGUGUACAUCCACUGAUGCAACAUGUUCCACUUCGUAUCUUGAGGUCUAAAGGUCUUCUGAAGAAGAUUGUUUUUACCACUGUGAUAACAGACCUCUCCACAUGUCACCCCACAUGGUUCCACAAGCUUGUAACGAGAUGCUAUUGCCCUUCGGAGGAGGUAGCAAAACGAGCACUGAGAGCUGGCCUUCAACGCUCACAAAUUAAGGUCUAUGGCCUUCCUGUGAGGCCCUCGUUUGUGAAGGCUGUUCGCCCUAAGGACGAAUUGAGGAGAGAACUAGGUAUGGAUGAACAUCUACCUGCAGCUUUGCUUAUGGGUGGCGGUGAAGGUAUGGGCCCCAUCGAGGCUACUGCUCGAGCACUUGGGGAUGCAUUAUAUGACGAAACUCAUGGAGUACCUACCGGUCAGGUUCUUGUGAUUUGUGGCCGAAAUAAAAAGCUAGUCAGCAAAUUGAAGUCGAUUCAGUGGAAGAUCCCUGUUGAGGUGAAGGGUUUUGUCACUAGAAUGGAGGAUUGCAUGGGUGCUUGUGAUUGCAUUAUCACCAAGGCUGGUCCCGGAACUAUUGCAGAGGCCACGAUACGAGGACUUCCAAUUAUCCUAAAUGACUAUAUUGCCGGACAGGAAGCCGGGAAUGUUCCAUACGUCGUCCAAAAUGGGUGUGGGAAAUUCUCAAAGUCUCCAAAGGCGAUUGCCAGCAUAGUCUCGCAAUGGUUCGGUCCUAAACAGCACGAGCUCGCGACAAUGUCACAGAACGCGUUGAGGCUUGCUAGGCCGGACGCGGUCGUCAAGAUUGUCCAUGAUCUUCAUGAAUUAGUCAGACAAAGAAGCUUCGAACGUCAAUGCUCUGCAGCUUGAAUUAGUAACCAAUCCAAUUUUUCCGGCUAGAAUUUCCAGUAGAGGAUAUUUUUUCCGGCUUUCUAUACCCUCUCUCUCUUGUAAUCCUUCAGCAAUAACUGUUACUAUAAAAAGGAAAUUUACGAGCUUAUUGAUUUUCAUCUUGGUCGGUCGGAAAUUACUGUAGCAAAUGUAUAAUAUCUAUCUCUUGGCCUUUAGCUGUGGAGAUGAAAUAAAAUUUAAUUUUCAACCCA